AUGAAAGCUGAAAUCACAAGCAGUGAUGAUGCUAAUGCUAAAGAUGUCGGAAAUUCUCCUGGUGUUGAAAAUACAAAACAAGAAAUCACAAGUGGUGAUGAUGCUAAUGCUACAGAUGUCGGAAAUUCUCCUGGUGUUGAAAAUACAAAACAAGAAUUGGUGUUGCAAGAGUGGAAAUACAUUGAUGAAUUAACGAAACAUAGAGAAUUGUUUUUAAAAUUGAUUGACUAUGGACGCAAUUCCAGUGUUGAGGUUAAAGUGGUAGGCAAUGUACGAGUAAUUUUCUCAAAAGAGUUUUGCAUUGGCGAAGGAAGUGGUGCAACCCGUGUUUUUCUUGGACUAGGUAAGGAUGGUUAUGGUAAAGCAGUGAAACGAAUACAUCAAGAUAGAUACAAAGAGCUUGCGCUGCAGGAAAAGGAAAUUUUAAAUCAAUUCAACGCAAAGAAAUCGAAAUAUGUUGUGAAUUAUUCCUUCUUAGAAGAAGAUAUAGGAACGGAGUAUGUCUAUUUAAUAUUAGACUUAUGUGAAGAAUCCUUGGAGAGUUAUGUGAAAUCUUCUACUUUGGACGAUCUUCAAAACGCUCUUCCCGAAAUUCUCAGACAAAUUUUGCAAGGAUUAGCUGAUCUUCAUAGUGGCCCAAAUCCUAUUCUUCAUCGAGACUUAAAGCCUACCAAUGUUCUCCGAGACACACAAGGCAACUUUCUGUUAGCUGACUUUGGUAUUAGUCGAAUAUUGAAUAAUGAUUGUACGACUUAUGAAAGCAAGCCUAACAUGGGAACUGAGUAUUGGAUUGCUCCUGAAUCAUAUUGUGAAGAUAAAGAUACAGUCGAUAAAGGACGGUACAAGAAAGAGUCUGACGUAUUUAAUGCAGGUAUGGUAACUUAUUAUAUUGCAACAAAAGGAAAACACCCGUUUGGAACUAAACGGCAUAGAUUAGACAAUAUGUUAAAUGGACUUCCUGUUGGGUUGGACGAAAUCAAGGAUGAAGCACUGAAAGACCUUUUGUUGUGGAUGUUAAACCGAGAACCCGAAGACAGGCCAUCAGCCAACGAGGCGUUAACACAUCCAUUUCUUAUGUCGGAUGACGAAAAAUUUGACUUAUUAUGUAUAGUUGGAAAUCUUCAACAGAUUAAGACAAAUGAUUCCAAGUCAAUUGUCGUUCAACAGUUGAAUAGUGAAUCCUCACAUUGGAAAAGUAAAAUAGACAGUGAUAUUUAUGAUUAUUUUAGAACGGACGUGGUGACUGGAAAGAUUUUUCGAUAUGACUCUUCAUGGACAGAAUGUUUAAGACUUAUUCGAAAUAUUAACCAACAUUGGUACGAUCGACCACGGCCAAGACCACAACCAGAACCAUUUUAUAAGAUUGGCGAUCACAAGGCGUAUAUUCUCAAAAAGUUUCCCAAUCUCCCUGUUCGAGUGCAUGCUAUUGUGAGGUCCAAUGAAGAAGAAUUGAAAAACAAUCCAGAUCUCAAGAACUUUUUCAAUUUCACUGAAAAGAAACUACAUCAAGAAUAAACAGUUUUUAAACAGUAAAAACAGUUUGUGAAAAGAUCGAUUGAUUGCGACCAGCACUAAAACCAUCCAUUUUAUAAAGUCGAUGAUCCUAAGGAGUUCUUUUUGAAAUCCCAUUUCGGGUACGUGCGGCUGUCUGAUGUAAUGACGAAUUGAAAAACAGCCCAGAACUUAAGAACUUUUUCAGUUUUUAAUGAAAGCGAACCACAAUGAAAAGCUUACUGACAGGAAAACAAGUAACAAAUCAACGAUACGGUAGUUAAAGGAUUUAUUUUAUAGAUGUAAAGUAGCAAAACACUUUUCACGACGUAUUUGGAUGAUGCAUAAUCACAUUUCUGCAUCUAGCUUACAUUAUUGAAUGAUAUAAUAUCUGAUUAUUUAAAUUUUAUUCUCAAUUGCUUUUGUUGAAGACGUAUGAAAUUUAAAGUCAACUUUAUAAAAUACAUAAUAAAACUCUUAUACGAUAGUAAA